GCGCAACAAGCGCAGCAAAUGCCCUUUAUCAAGAACCUCGCCUCAAGCGACCGCAAACUCCGCGUCGAAUCCCUCUCCUCCCUGCAGUCCUUCCUCUCCUCCCGCACGAGCCUCACCCCCCUCGACGCGCGCAAGCUCUGGACAGGCCUCUACUACGCCCUCUGGAUGACGGAUCGUCCUCGUCCGCAACAGGCGCUGGCGUCGGACCUGGCGAAUCUCGUGCACGAUCUGCAGGACGCCUGCGUCGAGACGUGGCUUGCUGCGUUUUGGAGCGUUUUGGGGACGCAGUGGCCGCAUAUCGAGGCCCUGCGGCUGGACAAGUUCCUGCUGCUGGUGAGGAGGGUGUUUGCGGCGCAGGUGAGGGUUGUCAAGCAGAGGGGGUACAAGGGCGGUGAUGAUGUUGUGGAGGGUGUUAAGAGGGUGCUUGCGGGCUGGUGUUUUGAUAAGGAGGAUGAGCAGCGGGUUGCGUUGGGGCUGAGGCUGCAUGUGCUCGAUGUGUGGGUCGAUGAGCUGGAGAGGGAGGGCGCGCUGGGGGAUGAUGAUGAGGAUGCGAGGGCGUUUGUCGAGUUUGUGGGCGGACUGGUGGAGGGAUUGAAGAGGUGUCCUGUGAAGUCGGUGAGGCAGCGCGCCGGGGAGAGUCAUGACGAUGAGAGGCUGCCUUGGGUGGAGAAGAAGGAGGGUGAGGAGGACGAGGACGAGGAUGAGGAGGUGGGUGGUGAGGAU